UUGGAAAAAUUAAUCAAAAUAAAGUCUUUAUAAACACUUUAGAAUCAUGUUUGGAACAUGUGAAGAACUUCUUACACGAAUUCUUGCAAAGCAUCAAGUUCAAGGAAUUCUUAUAUUAGAAAGAGGAGGUGAUAAUAUUAUUCAUACAACGUUUAAUUAUGAAACGUCCACUUCAUAUGCUAAAUCGAUCAAAUCUAUGCUUUUAUCAGCUGAAACAUUAACAAAUAGCACAGGAUCUAAUAAUGCACUUCAUUUCAUACGGAUAAAGACGCAGACAAAUGAAUUCAUGAUUGUUCCAGGAUCGGAUUAUUUUCUUGUUGUGAUAGUAUCAAAUUAAUAAAUCAUCUACGAACAUUGUACUAUAUCAAAAUUCAAUAAGACGC